GCAUGUCCCGCCCUAGCCUGUACACGAUUGGUCCGUUUUGUAUUAACUAAAAACCGAUUGGGUAUUAGAGAAGUAACUCUCUCUUUGCAUUUUGAUUGGUUAUAGCAGCCGGGUGUGCCGUUUUGUGCGGUGCAUCAGUUAUUAUUAGCGAGGGCUUUUCCAAUAAUGAUAUCGAUCUGUGAAAGUGUACAGGGAUAAAUUAUUGGGCAAUAUUUAUUUGUGUUGAAAUCAUGCUGCCACCCAUUCCGGGCUAUGGUUGAACUACAGAUAAUUUCGAAUUAGACUAAAUUACAAUCUAUUCUGUUACGUUUUCAAAAACGCAAAUCGAGCUGAUAUCUGUAAAUUAAAUUAAAUUAAAGUAAUUGAAGUAAGAAAAUAUGAUUCAAAUGAAAUAUCAUAAUUAACUAUAAUUGACACACAAUCUUUAACUGUCGUCCUGUAAACGGUUUUAAUGAGAAUUAAAAACCACAUUUGUUGUCACGAUCAUUUAUGAUAAUUAUAGUAAUUUCCCCCAGCGGGAGAAAAAUUCCACGCCCCCACUAUUCCUUUACAUCUUAGCCAUGAAACAUGAAGGUUUAUAGGAAAGUGAAAGCGAAAGAAGUAUUUCAUCAUCACCGGGGGUGGGAGGAAUGGAGGACAUUGGUUGCGUAAAAAAGCCAUUCAUAUCUACAGGCGCGCAUUGUGUGGAUUGCCUCUUCGGCUGUAUGCAGCUGUUGUGUAUAAUCACCAACAGGAAGCAAAUGCGUCUUUGUCAGCAAGGAUGAGUGUACAGAAAAUGUUGUCAAAGUUGGUACUUUUUUCUAUUUUGGCUGAGGACUUUGAAAAAAAGAUUAUACAUUUUUUAAAUUUUAUUGUGCAUAGUUGUCUGGUGAUGUUCAGACCGCCUGUGUGGAUUCUCUACGGAGUCCAAGGUUUUUCUGUUGUAGUCCUGUAGACAUGCCUCCCUUAUUCAUGGAUGCCAAAUCUAGCAGCUCUGGCUUCACGUCAGGUGAAGAUUUGGACAGUUCAAACUCUGGCCUGCGUGAGGGGGACGACCCCGCCGUCCAACCCGCCCCCAGGAGACGUGGGGCUGGAGGGGGUCAGAGGAAGGGCAAGAACCGCGACGCGGCCCGGAAGAGCAGGAAGAAGCAAACGGCGAAGGCAGACGAGCUCCACAAGGAGCACCAGUAUCUGGAGCGGUCAAACACGACGCUGGAGAAGGAGAUCGCCGCCCUGCGGGCCGAGGUCAAGCGCUACACCGUGGUCCUGGAGCGCCACCAGCCCUCCUGCACGCUGCUGGCGGCCGGUCGCUCCGAGGCAUCCAGGCUCCCCUUGGCCUCCGCCUCCACCCCCGCCUCCACCCCCGCCUCCACCCCCACCCCCACCCCCCCCUCGAUAACCGCAGCGACCCUCCAGCGGGGGAGCUCCCGCCCGUCCGAGACCCCCUGUUCGCCCGCCGGCUCCGACCCGUCGGGUGCGUCCGACGCUCCCGACCGACCCCGAGUCUCUGAUGUGAUGCCGUGCUCACACUGGGGCCUGGCGUCCUCCCAGCCCGCCCGCCCCCCCCUCCCUUCCUUCGGUGCACCCAGCCACCGUCUGGCUACCUCGGGCCCGGGCGACCCUGCUGCUCCCUCCGCCUUCGCCCUCUCCACUCCGGUUCAGACCGCCUCGUCGCUUUCGGAUCCGGGCCAACUCGGCGACGGCGACUCCUCCUCCUCCUCCUCCUCCUCCUCCUCCUCCUCCUCCUCCUCCAUGAUCCACCUCUUGAGCAGCCACCCCCUUCCUCCUCCGGCUUCAUCCAGGGUGACGCCUGCCUCCUUCACACCUCUACGCCCUGCUCCUGGUCCCAACCUCCACUUCCGAUCCGAGCGAGAGUCAUCGGCGACGUCAGCCGUCGCCGAUGCUGUCCUGCCCCCCCUCUCCCAGGGCCAGGGCGGGCCGGCCCCGUUUUACCCCUAUCUUGGGCAUCCCAUCCACGGGUAUCCCGGGUCCAGCUCAGUCCAUGGGUAUCAAACGGAUCCCCCCGGCGCCCUCUUCCCCACGACGUCAUCCGGCCCCGGUCCGUACAGAGGCUUUGCGCCUGGGAAUUUGCUGCUUCCUCCGGACAUCCUGGACCGCCUUGACGUCCUCCUCCCCAGCGUCUCACUGGGCACCCACACCCCCGUACCCCCCUUCUCUGAACUCAUGCCGACGUUGUGGGAUCUGUCCGACGAUACCGCUCUUUCGCAACUCCUGCAGACCGAUGAUUGGAAUCAGGACUGCUGACUCGUUGCCGUUCAGAAGUUACUUGGAAAAGGGCAGCAGUACAAACGAAUGAGGAAAGAAGAACUAUAGAAUACCGAUGAAUUCAGUGUCAUUGGUUCUAAAAACAGCCAGCCAUCCACCACCACCGCCACGAAUUGUAGAGGUCUACCAGCACGUUACUGGGAGUCCAUCCCUGCAACCACAAGAGGAAGACACCCAGCUAGCAGAGCAAUGCAAGGGUUUGAGUAACAGAGUCUUUGCGAGCAAGUCUCAAAGCCAAAUUCUUGAUUAAUGAGCACUGGAUCCAGUCACUCCUUGGACACAUUUGGACCUGCGAUGAUGAGACAGGCAUCCACCACUCUCUCCACAAGAGUGGUGGAGCAAGUUGGAUCCCUUGCUUAGAAAUAACCGACAAUGAGAGGGGAGGAGGACAACAACACUGCUGCAGGAGAUUAAGGGCCACUUCUCCUUAUAUUGAACGGCAAAUCGCUCCAGGGUUUACCGGUGUUACAGGGCACCAUGUCAGACAAAGUUUCAGACAAAAGUUGGAUCACCUCAGAGAUGUCUUUGGACAGGGGAAUGCUGUUCAUAGCCAAAUGUGCGGCUGCAUGUGUUCGCCAUGGAAUUCCUUGCUCUCAUGUAAAACCACAAUGUUCAUGUUGUAUGCUUCCCUCCACACACAACUCGCAUCCUCCAGCCAGCUUCAAGAGCUCAAGGCUCUUGAACCCGGAGGGUGGGGGUCUCCACUAGAGAGGGGUGGAACGAGGCUGCUGCACCCCCCCCCCCCCCAGCCCAGCCCUGGGUCUAGAAGGCUGGCGGAGGGCAGCGAUAGCAUCGAAGAGACAUUCCUGGGUGAUUUUGUCGAGUGUUUGAACAAAGUUUUUAUUUGGUGGGGUGUUUUAUGAAGCAAGAUAACGAUGUAUUUCUGCCGAGUGAUAUCUAAUUUGGGAAACGUAUUAGUAGGAAAAUAAUUGGGAAGCAUGCUCUUAAUAAGCAUCUUUACAGAUAUGAAUAGUAUUAUGCAUUAUGUUUCAUGUUAAUUUAUUGUAAAAAAAAUAAUUAGAUCACGUUAUUCCACAUAUUUUACUGAGUAUUUUUAUGUUAUUUUAAGAAAUGUACUUUUUGAUAUCCUCCUUUAAGAGGGCAUUAUGUAAUAUUUACACUGCAAUCAAUCAAUAAUGUGAAUAUAAGGACUAGGUUUUAAUAUACAUACCAACGUUCACCUUUAUAAAUUAAAUAAGAAAUACAAAUAGUAUAGUGAAGAACACUAAUUCGGUCUCUGCUCCUUUAAGGACCCAGGACAUGGGUAGUUGACUAAACUAGGGAAAUUAGGUCAACUUAGUGCCCUGGCACAUACAAGGAGCAAGACCCAUAUACAGGCUAGCUAGUUACACUGACGUACCCCAUGGGGGCGACGAAGAGCUCCCUGUUGUCAAAUGUGUGUAUGUAUUUGUGGCUGUAUCUGACAUCUGUAGGUCAUGCUUUAACUCCUACAGCAGGGAGCACCAAAAGAGUGAAACUUUACCACCAAACUCAACUGUAUUACCACCUCAUGCAAUAAAAAUGGUCGAAUCUA